UUCUCUUUCUUCCGGCCAGCAGUUUAAGCUCGAUCUCAGCUCGCUGGUUACUGAUAUCAGCUGCUUUGACGGCGAGGACGCUGAUGGUCCGCUUCCCAGGGAGAAGUUAUCGUAUAUAUUAAUAUGAAAUAAAAAAACAAACAAACAAAACAAAAACACACCCGGAAUAACGGCAUACUAAGUCAUCAAAGUACUUUAAAAAGUAAUUUUCAUUGGAGUCGUACUUAUAUAAGUGAUUGGUGUUGGUGAAAUUUAAACCUCAGAGGAACAAAACAGAACCGCACGGGUUCCAAUUUAUUGGUUAAUAUUUUUUUUCGAUUUUCGUGAUAGACUUCUCUUCUGCAUCUUUAAAGACGGGAAAAGACACAGGCACCAUGUUCAGAGACGGGAGGAAAAAAAAUCCCGAACUUUUUCAGACGGUCUCGGAAGGACUGCGAAAGCUGUACCGGACCAAACUGUUCCCUUUGGAGGACGCCUACCGCUUCCACGACUUUCACUCGCCGGCUCUCGAAGACGCCGACUUUGACAACAAGCCCAUGGUGCUGCUGGUGGGUCAGUACUCCACCGGCAAGACCACUUUCAUACGGCACCUAAUGGAGCAGGACUUCCCCGGUAUGAGGAUCGGUCCGGAGCCGACCACGGAUUCCUUCAUAGCGGUCAUGUACGGCGAGCAGGAGGGGCUGGUACCGGGGAACGCUCUGGUCGUCGAUCCAAAAAAGCCGUUCCGAAAACUCAACGCAUUUGGCAACGCUUUCCUCAACAGGUUUGUGUGUGCUCAGAUGCCCAAUCCAGUGCUGGAGAGCAUCAGCAUCAUCGACACCCCGGGCAUCCUGUCUGGCGAGAAGCAGAGGAUCAGCAGAGGCUACGACUUUGCUGCUGUGUUGGAGUGGUUUGCAGAGCGGGUUGACCGCAUCAUCCUCCUCUUUGAUGCACACAAGCUGGACAUCUCGGAUGAGUUCUCGGAGGUGAUCCGGGCCCUGAAGAACCAUGAGGACAAGAUGCGCGUGGUGCUCAAUAAAGCUGACCAGAUCGGGACCCAGCAGCUGAUGCGGGUCUAUGGCGCCCUCAUGUGGUCGCUGGGCAAAAUCGUCAACACUCCGGAGGUCAUCCGCGUCUACAUCGGCUCCUUCUGGUCCCAGCCGCUUCUGGUGCCCGACAACCGCAAACUGUUCGAGGCAGAAGAGCAGGACCUGUUUCGCGACAUCCAAAGCCUUCCGCGGAAUGCUGCCCUCCGCAAGCUCAAUGACCUCAUCAAGCGUGCUCGCCUUGCCAAGGUUCACGCAUACAUCAUCAGCGCCUUAAAGAGAGAGAUGCCCAACAUGUUUGGCAAAGAAAACAAGAAGAAGGAGCUGAUCGCCAACCUGGGGGAGAUUUACCUGAAGGUCGAGAAAGAGUAUCAGAUAUCACCUGGUGACUUCCCAAACAUCAUAAAGAUGCAGGAGAUCCUAAGCAUCCACGACUUCAGCAAAUUCCAGUCUAUGAAGCCCAAGCUGAUGGACGCCGUGGAGGACAUGCUGGCCAAUGACAUCGCUAAGCUCAUGACCCUGGUCCGCCAGGAGGAAUCCGCCAUGCCAAGCCAAUUGGUCGAAGGGGGCGCCUUCGACGGCACCAGCAACGGUCCCUUCGGCCAUGGCUAUGGAGAGGGGGCCAGCGAGGGCAUUGAUGAGCUGGAGUGGGUGGUGGCACGUGACAAGCCCACGUACGAUGAGAUUUUCUACACGCUCUCGCCCGUCAACGGCAAGGUGUCAGGCGCAAUGGCCAAGAAGGAGAUGGUCAAGUCCAAGCUGCCCAACACGGUGCUGGGAAAGAUCUGGAAGCUGGCUGAUGUGGACGGGGAUGGCUUCCUGGACAACGAGGAGUUUGCCCUGGCUAACCACCUGAUCAAAGUGAAGCUGGAAGGCCAUGAGCUGCCCGUUGACCUGCCAUAUCACCUCAUACCCCCAUCCAAACGACAUCAGGAGUGAGAGAUUCAAUGAGGAUGGAUGAGUGGAGGAAUUUUAGGAAUAACCACUCUGCAUGAAUGCUAAAGUCUGUCUAUAUAAAGGGAAAAUAAGAUAAUUUACUCCUCACUGUCAUUUUCGAACACGAUUAAUUUUACUCUUGAAGUAGAUAAACCAAUGUUGUCUUCCCACUUUAAUUAUUCUAAUAAUUAUUCAAAAUUAUAACAUAAAACCUUGUAGUUUAAUAAUUUAAGAAUGAAAUAUAGCAUUUAUAGUCUUUUUAUAGCCUGUAUUUCUCCACUGUGUCCCAUUAUGCUGGAUUGUAGGGGCUGGAUUUGAGUUUGGUGCCACACAAAGGAUUGUUUUGUAAGGUCGCCUUUGACUUUUACUUCUCGCUCAUGUUUCCUGUUUCUAGGGUCUAGAUUAUCCAGGACAUUGGUUUUGGUUUGUAUGCUAGGGAUAUGUCCCUAUCAGUGUUGUGGGGGUACUGUGUGUGUUCCGGGGGGUGGGGGGCAGAUUUGGUCCUUACCAGUGUGGAAACCAAACCUUACGGCUACAGAUAUAUAGUUUAAAAUUAAGUAGCUUUGUAACUCAAAAGGCUUUGCAGCAAGGGUCCAGUGAGCCUUGGGAUUAUCACGCGCAUGUAAUAGAAACUUCGCCCUGGGGGGGGGGGGCAAAGCUCAGAAAAAACGGGAGAAAAUCCAGUGUAGCCAAUACAUACUUAUGUAUGGAAAUGUAUGUGGAAAAUAUUUAGUAGCUAACUCGAAGUGACUUUUAAUUAAACCAGGAGUAGCCGUCUCUUUAAAACUCUUAACUAUGAAUUAAUGCUUGCCACUAUUUAAAAGUUACCUUCACUUUUCAUCACUUCAAAAUAAUGAAAUGAUUCUUUGACAGAUUAUAAAUGUGCAAUUGUAUGCAUGCAUUGCGUCAUCUGUGUAACCGUAUAUUACUGAUCCUGGAGCAGGUACUGUAAGAAGAAAUGGAGCAGGGUGGGACCAGAGCCGUGGGGGCAGGAACCUUAUUUUUUAAUCACGGGAGCAUUUUUGUAGCUGUGUGCUUUUGCAGAUGGUGUGUUCACGCGAGGCAGCUGUGGCUAGGCAAAUUAGCUGAAAAGGCUAACCCUAACCCUAACCCUAACCCUAACCUUGCACUGUGCUCUAUACCACGAAAUACAUGGAAAAGUGCAUCAGUGAAACAGGCUUUGAAUGUUGAUGUAGUUUAAUGCUGAAAGUCAAAUCAUUUUAAAUACACACACACACAGGAUGUCUGCCUUUGUUACAUCAGUCCUGUUUCUGUGUUUCUGUGGGGCAUUGACUUUCAUAAACUCUGACUGACCAUUCCUGAGUCUGCCAAACCUCUGUAAUGUGAUAUCAAUCAGAUUUAAUUACAUCUUAGUUAAUAUAAAUCUAACCUAUGGCUUAAGGUUUAUAUAAAACACCAAAAUGACAUCCCGUGUUUUAUCUAAAAAUCCAAGAGUAGCUCUGCGUGUUUUUGUGUUUGUGCGUGUUGGGGUGGUGAUAUGAGAGAGUGAGAUAUGUUUGACUACUGUUCACCUAUACUUAGGCUCCAAUGUACUAAAGAAGAGUGCCUUAAAUUUCAGCAACUUUACAUUCAUCAAAAAUGUUCAUACUGUUCAUGGUCUAUUUUUUAAAUAAAUGUCACUACAACAUCA